GGCGCCCCGGCUUCCCGCGACCCGGCUCCCCCUCCACCCCCGCGCCCACUCGCCCCGCCAUGGCGGACAGCGCGAGCGAGAGCGACACGGACGCGGCGGGCGGCGGCCCGGCAGCCAUGCAGUCGUCCUGCUCGGCGACCUCGGGCGGCAGCGGCGGGGGCGGCGGCGGGAAGUCGGGGGGCAUUGUCAUCUCGCCGUUCCGCCUGGAGGAGCUCACCAACCGCCUGGCCUCGCUGCAGCAGGAGAACAAGGUGCUCAAGAUCGAGCUGGAGACCUACAAACUCAAGUGCAAGGCGCUGCAGGAGGAGAACCGUGACCUGCGCAAAGCCAGCGUGACCAUCCAAGCCAGGGCUGAGCAGGAAGAAGAAUUCAUCAGUAACACGUUAUUCAAGAAAAUCCAGGCCUUGCAGAAGGAGAAAGAAACCCUCGCCGUGAAUUACGAGAAGGAAGAGGAGUUUCUAACCAAUGAGCUCUCCCGGAAACUGAUGCAGCUGCAGCAUGAGAAAGCCGAGCUGGAGCAGCACCUGGAGCAGGAACAGGAGUUUCAGGUCAACAAGCUGAUGAAGAAGAUCAAAAAGCUAGAGAAUGACACCAUCUCCAAGCAACUCACCUUAGAGCAGUUGAGACGGGAGAAGAUUGACCUCGAAAACACACUGGAGCAGGAACAGGAGGCGCUGGUAAAUCGGCUGUGGAAGAGGAUGGAUAAGCUGGAAGCUGAGAAGAGAAUCCUACAGGAGAAAUUAGACCAGCCUGUGUCUGCACCGCCAUCGCCUAGAGACAUCUCCAUGGAGAUCGAUUCUCCUGAGAACAUGAUGAGGCAUAUCAGGUUUUUAAAGAAUGAAGUGGAGCGAUUGAAGAAGCAGCUGCGAGCCGCCCAGUUACAGCAUUCGGAGAAGAUGGCCCAGUACUUGGAGGAGGAGCGGCACAUGAGGGAAGAGAACCUGCGGCUGCAGCGGAAGCUCCAGAGGGAGAUGGAGAGGAGGGAAGCGCUGUGUCGCCAGCUCUCCGAGAGCGAGUCCAGCCUGGAGAUGGAUGAUGAGAGGUAUUUUAAUGAGAUGUCUGCACAAGGAUUAAGACCUCGCACUGUGUCCAGCCCAAUCCCUUACACACCUUCUCCCAGUUCAAGCAGGCCUAUAUCACCCGGUCUUUCGUACGCAAGUCACACAGUCGGCUUCACGCCACCAACGUCUCUGACUCGAGCUGGAAUGUCCUACUACAACUCUCCCGGCCUCCACGUUCAGCACAUGGGGGCCUCCCAUGGCAUCACAAGGCCAUCGCCACGGAGAAGCAGCAGCCCUGACAAGUUUAAACGGCCCACGCCACCUCCAUCUCCCAACACACAGAGCCCGGUCCAACCUCCUCCGCCGCCACCUCCGCCCCCCAUGCAGCCUGCGGUCCCCUCGGCAGCCACCACGCAGCCCCCGCCCUCGCAGCCGCAGCAUCCGGUGCAACCCUCCUCCCAGCCUUAAUGCAUGAGCUUAGUCAGAAUUUCCAGUUGGGACUCGUCUGAUGGAGCCACCUUCUCAACGCCAAAGGCUUCUUUCCCGGCGUAUCUGGAUCUGAUGCGUUUGCACUGAGGUUGUCUGCCCUCCCUCCUCAUCGUGUCGUGAAUGUCCGUCGGAAACGCAGCCGAUCUUGCGGGUCCGCAACACUAACCAGACGACUUUCUCCACCGGUGUUUUACUUGAAUCUCCGUGUCUGUCCUUCCCUGGCUGGAACGUUGCUGUCUGGUAUCUGGUAAUGAGCAGCAGUGUGCAAACCCUAUCCCCCCAGGGCCCCAGGGCUGCUUUUUCUUGGCUUUUAGGUUUGUAAAAAUAAGAAGGGAAAUCUUUUUUUUUUUUUUUUUAUAAGUAUUCUCUGUGAAUUUGCAGGAAAAUUACUGAGCUAUUUAGAAACCCUCCUUCUCCAGGUCAGUGACGUUUACCGAACAUACCAAGAAUUCAGCACUACAGUCCAGACCUUUGCAGACCUAACUCACUGUAGGAUCGGAAGCUAGAUGAACCGGUGCCCACAACAUGUAGUCCAGAGCUUUCUACAGACACACUUUUUACAGAUUGUUUUCUGAUGUAAAUCGACCACCACCGCGUCCCUUGUAAAACAGCCUACAGAAACAAAUCACACAGCUGUUAUCUCCCCCACAUGCGUGGGACGGGAAUUAUUGCCUAUUAAGAUGUGAUUUUUUUUUUUAUUUUCCUCAAUGUUAAUCCACCUAAGCCAGUGCCCUCUGACGUGGGUGGAUAGAUGCCUUCCCACCAGUGGUCUUGACGGCUAACCAGAACGAAGGCUUAGAUCUCUGCUGCAGGGGCCGUGAGAUUGUAACAGAGCCAGUGCUUCCUUCCGUUCAUUGUGUUGUCCCAGACUGAGGGUGUGAACAAGUAUCUUCCAGGUGCAAAAUGCUGUCAGGAAAUACCAUCUGAAGCGUAGGCGACAGACACCCCAGUGUGACGACGGCUGAGGAGCAGAUCGAAGUACCAAGCAAAGGAGCUCUCUGGCCUUGACUGGUGCUCACUUUGCCUGUCUUAAGCAGGGAGAGCACCAAGAAGGUUCUGAAUGCAAUCGCCAUUCAUUUCUGCACAAAGAAAUCCUUCGUUUCAGUUUCACCGGGGUGGGGGUGGGGUAGGGUGGGGACACGGAGUGGCUCUUUUGUGACCUUUGUCUCUGUCCGCCGUUACUUUGUGCUUUAGUAGUCAAGUGCUUCCCCUGCCCGUGUUUGCAUAUUUAUACAUGCCGUGGAUGGAAAUAACUUACUAGAGAAUGUAUAUUUUAUGAUGAGGAGCGUGACUCUGUUGGAUAUAAUCAGAGAACUGAAAAAUUAAUUUAUCGGUAAUUUUUUUUUUUAAGAGUUCACAUUUGUGACAAACCAUCCCUGACAGCAGCUCCUCAUGGGACACACUCCCGAGAGCAAGGAAUAAACCCUGGUGACAUUGUAGAUAAUACUGUACAGUCUAGAAACCUCCAUUUUUGCCUUCAAAUGCAUAUUUAAGAGUUAACAGAAUGGAAAAGUGUUAAUCAGAUAAUAGUGUUUGACAGCGUUUUAAGAACUUGAGAGUAAGAACAACCAUAGGACCUUCCACUCUUCUUGUUCACCCCCUAAACUGAGAAUGCUAUUCUCCAGCAACCAGGAAGAAACUGUCGGCCUAUAAAAGUUUUAUUUAUAAGCUGUGUGGUGUACAGGCCAUAGUGCGGUUAGCAGACGCGGGAUAUAGCAUCUGAUACCUCUGUCAAGGCGUUAGGUUUUCAGUGUCAGACUAAACCCUGGGUGUGUCCAGCAGCUCCACAACCCUCUUGGUACACGACCAUUCCAGGGAAAUUCUGAGGCUAGACAGAAGAAUUCUUCCUUCACGGUACAGUCUUUUUUUUUUUUUUUUUUUUUUUUUUCCCCUUUCGAGAGAAAAACGGUAUGUGUUUACAAGAAUCUUUUCUGGAAUUGUAGAUUUCAGUACUGCUUGCUAGCAGCUUUAUCCUCCAGCACACAAGUCUGUUCUGGAAAGUUCUUCCCUCCACUAUCCAUCAGUUAAGUUACCUCCUAGAAGCACAAGUGUAAAAGCACCUGCAUACAGUGAGUGGAGCCUUUGAGAGAUAGGCCCUUGACAUUCAGACUUUGUCCUGGAAAGUGUACUUUGGAUUCCUGGAUUCCUGUAGAGCUUUCAUUUCACCUUAAACCCAGCUCUUUCUAACAGCUCUUUCCAGUACGGUUCAGUUACCGGUCCCUGCAGGACUUAAGAACCAAGAGAACAAACACUAGGAUCUUGAACGUAGGGUGUUUUGUGUCACUUUGAAGCACGUAUUGAUAGGUAAGAGAACCAGAUGUUGAGCCCCUAGGGAUGGGAGCCCCAUUACUAUGGGCUGGACGUGGCUUCGAUAGGUUCAGUUUCCUACUCUCACAGGCUAACGCUAGAUUAAAAUCAGUAGCCAUCCUCAGCAAGUGAGAGCAACAGUACCUUCAGUGGCUUCAUUUCCUGUCUUGUUGACAGAGACCCUCGGGUACCACUGUGCUGCUAAUCAGGGCCAGGGAUCUGCUCCCCAUGACUUUGCCUUUGUACAGAACCAAGUCCAUGCACCCGGCACCCCAGCACCUCUGGGCUCUGAACUGCUUUUUCUCUUCAGGCAUGCUGGCAUCCUAGACAGAAUUCUCGACCUUUGGCAGACAUGGAAGUGUUUAAGAUUUUAUUUAAAUGUCUUUGUUGACCAGAAGGACUUUGAGAUUCUGAGAUUCCUGAGCUACCCCCUCAUGACCCCGGGGUGACCAGAAUGUGUAUUGACGGCUCAUGCUGCUGUGCCUUCAUCAUUGGCUUCUGAUUCAAACCGGAAAUAACUCAUAAUGUGAAUUUGUGUUGACCCUUCGGUUGUAGGAAAACAUGUGUAUCCCUCCCCUGUUGUUAGGUAGACAUGAACCUGCUCAGUCUGUGCACAGCCCUGCUUAUAGAGAUUGUCUAGGAAGACGGGGGGGGAAAAAGCAUGGCAGCGCGUUUCGUAAAGUUUAUUUUUUAAAACACAGCAGGAAGUUUCCUUUGUGACUUGAUAUUCUGUCUAGUACUUGUCUAAUAGGUUAACCAAUGCUGAGAGCUUGUAGCGAUGCCUACCAAAGACAUGCAUAGUAAACCUUCUAUUUCCAAAUUAUUAAAGAGCCAGCCAUUGAUGCUGCUCCAUGGUUCUUCCUCAGGAGCCAUCGUGAGAGACUAAAAGAUGCUUAGGGUUUUUUUUUUUUUUUUUUUUUAAAUCAAUCUCUCUCUCUCUCUCUCUCUCUCUCUCUCUCUCUCUCUCUCUCUCUCUCUCUCUCUCUCUCUCAGUUUUUUAUAAAAAUGUGUUAGCCUAAUGUGUUGGAGAGCAUCUCCCAGAAUGCUCAGCAGUUGUGAUUACUGGUCACACCCAGGUCACCUCUUCUGGAGUGAUCAGUGGGACCCUCUGUGCGUGCUAGCAUGGGUGCUGUGUGUGUGCACGUGUGCGUGUGUGCAUUCAUGCCUUAAACUUGGGUUACUGCUCAGCUAUGCUGUUUGACUUGGUCCUCACCAUCAUCAGAUUGUAUUGUGCAUCUUGAUCUGAACUUCAUUCUGGUAAAAAAAAAAAAAAAAGGUUGCAGGCAGCACAGGCUGAAACGCGUUCCUUUGGAAGAAUGUCUGCUCGGAUGGACCCUGAGAUGUCUCCACGGACUUUAUUUGGGACUUCUUUUGGAAAGAAAGCCGACUGUCAGUUGGGCAGAUGUCGACAAGGAAGAGGGGAGAGCCAAAUGCUAGCAUGCCCUCUGCCUCUGCAUAUGUGUGUGCUCCGUGUGUCGUUCAGGUAGCUCGUCUACAGCUUAACUAGCUUGGAGUUCAGGUAACGGUGGCAAUCCUGACAUUCUCUGUUGAAUUUAGAGAGAUGUAAGACGUCCCGUUAAUGUCUUAUUUACUUUAUGUUGAUCAGUCUUUAAUACAUGUGCUGAAUCAGAAAAACCUAAAUAAAGAUAAUUUUUUAAAACGCA